CUCGAAGCCUCUUAGAGGUUAGAACCGCGGGCCUGGGUCCAUUCAAUCGCUAAACAGAGCAGCGAACGAGCAAUUCUAUAGGGUCUUCUGGUUCGGAAGGAGAAACAAGUCACGAUAGAGAGAGAAUCCAGCAGCAAGAAAUGGAAGGUGGGGUCGCUUUGGGAGAGAAAGAAGGCAACAAGGCGAAGAAAGGUCUGGAGGGCACUGGUCUGAAUCUGCCGCUCAAUCGCCACUCUAACCUCAUCAGCGCCACCAGUGAUGACAACCUCAAGAGCAUCUUUCACCACAUCCGAACUUCUAAAACCCCAGCAGUAAUCAAUUACGGUGCAUCUUGGUGCCGUGUUUGUAGUCAGAUCCUCCCUGCAUUUUGCCAGCUGAGUAACAAGUUUCCAAAGCUUUCAUUCAUAUAUGCUGACAUAGAUGAAUGCCCAGAAACAACUCAACAUAUUCGUUACACCCCAACUUUUCAUUUCUACAGAGAUGGUGAAAGGGUUGAUGAGAUGUUCGGCGCUGGAGAAGAGCGUUUACAUGAUCGCCUGUGGCUGCAUUCCUGAAAGCAUAGUUUGAGCUCAUGCUUCAUGAACAAAUUUCUGCUAUUUAUUGUUUACUGUAGAGAUCUGUCAUGACUGCUAGAUUAUGGCCAUUGUAUACCAGCCUAGCAGUAGUUUACAAUAUCUAUUAUACUACUACCCGCACCAACGUGGGGCUUUUGGAAUAGUAAAUUUCAGCUUCGGAUUUAUGUAAUGGACUUUCUUUA